AUGGUACUAGACACGGCGUGCCAGCGAACCUGUUGUGGCAGGACCUGGGCACAGAGGCACUUCAACUACCUCAGCGGCAUCCCCCUCGAACCGGCCAAGGCUCAGAUCCAUGACAAGUUCCAGUUCGGGAAGGGUGCACCAGUAGAAGCCGAUUGCAGAGCCUAUGUUCCGGUCAGCUUCAGCGACCACCCACCGUUGCUGAUUGGCACAGGCGUCUUGGGUGCAGAUGUGCCACUACUCGCGAGCAACGUGCUCCUCAAGGCGCUCGGCAUGAUUCUUGAUUUGCCGGACAUGAAGGUGAGUCACGACAUGCUCGUGACACCCCCGACAUGGCUCGUUCGUUGGCGCCGACUUGUGACGUGCUUGCGCAACUUCAGGGCACACCUCUACUUGACCAUGGUUCGUGCAGUGAGGCUGGGCAUCUGCGAGCACCAAUGGCUGCUGGAAGCUACGCCCCCGAGGCUGGAUCCCAACUUCCAGGUGCGGCAGGACACGUGUGUGCAACAAAAGAUGGGUGUGGGACGCAGACCGCGAGCGAUGGGUGCACAAACCAUACGUCGCAUCUUCACGCUCAUCGGCGCUGCCAUUGCCCUCUUCGGACAACACCCUGGAGAACCAAGCUCCGGCUCCCCCACCGUCGACUUCAUUGCGGGCGGCCCGAGCCAAGACGAGUACGGCGCGACCCAGGCCGAGCACAGCGACUUCAUCAACGGCAUUCGCGCCGACUUCCGGAAACGGCGCAACAACGAGCCCGAGAUCGACCAUUGGGCACUCCUUCGCGGACCAAUGCCCAACGACCACUCGGAGGAGAUCAGCUCGGAGGAACUCGACUUGGACAAUGUCGACGGCUGA